AGCUGGCUCUGGCUCUGCUGCAUUUCCCGCUCUGAUGAAGUAGCAGGAGGAAGUAUUUUGCUGGGAGAUGAUGACAGAGGUCACACUUUACUAAUGGGCCAGUAAAGAGCAGUGGAGGCAGGCACAGGGAGCAGCAAUACAUACAUUAAUACAUCAGAACCAUCAGCCAUCAGCAUAGGUGUGCACUAAGCCUGUAUACUGCACGGUCUGCCUACCCUGCAAGCACUGACUGCCUGCCCUGCAAGCACUGACAGCCCAGCUCAUCGUCAAUCUCUGUCUGUUCCUCAGACUUACUGGGAGAAAUUGGUUUUAUUUUUGCAAACUCUUGAAAAAAAAGGCAUCUUCUUUUCUAUCCAGCCUUCUAACCAAUUCUCCACCGGAUUCUGACAGCACAGGAUGCAUUAUACUGAGGGAGAAAACUAACAGUUCAAGCCAGCAGAUGCUGGAGUGGAAUCGACUUUUGGGAAGAGAGUUACAGAUAUCAGAAAUUCCACAGAACUGCCACGUGGGAAUCAGUUGCAAGUCUUCAACAUGCAGAACAGUCACAGUGGCGUUAAUCAGCUCGGUGGUGUGUUUGUAAACGGCAGACCCCUUCCCGAUUCGACCAGGCAAAAAAUUGUCGAACUGGCGCAUAGUGGUGCAAGACCUUGCGAUAUCUCAAGGAUCCUCCAGAGCCAUGCAGAUGCAAAAGGUCAAGUGCUGGAUAGUCAAAACGUGUCUAACGGGUGCGUGAGUAAGAUUUUGGGGAGAUAUUACGAGACUGGAUCCAUCAGACCCAGAGCGAUCGGGGGCAGUAAACCCAGAGUAGCUACCCCAGAAGUGGUCAGCAAAAUAGCCCAGUAUAAGAGAGAGUGCCCCUCCAUAUUUGCCUGGGAAAUCCGGGACAGGUUGCUGUCAGAGGGAGUCUGUACCAACGACAACAUACCUAGUGUGUCAUCAAUAAACCGAGUCCUCCGCAACCUGGCGAGCGAAAAGCAACAGAUGGGCGCAGACGGCAUGUACGACAAGCUGCGGAUGCUGAACGGGCAGACGGGCACCUGGGGCACCCGGCCGGGGUGGUACCCGGGCUCAUCCGUUCCGGGACAACCAACACAGGAUGGAUGUCAGCAACCAGAAGGUGGAGCAGAAAAUACAAAUUCCAUCAGCUCCAAUGGAGAAGACUCGGACGAAGCCCAGAUGAGACUUCAACUGAAAAGAAAGCUACAGAGGAACAGAACGUCCUUCACCCAGGAACAAAUAGAGGCCCUAGAAAAAGAAUUUGAACGAACCCAUUAUCCCGAUGUGUUUGCCAGAGAAAGACUAGCUGCCAAAAUAGACUUACCAGAGGCAAGAAUACAGGUAUGGUUUUCAAACCGACGAGCGAAAUGGCGAAGAGAAGAAAAACUUCGGAACCAGAGAAGACAAGCCAGUAACACCCCGAGUCAUAUCCCCAUUAGCAGUAGUUUCAGCACCAGCGUCUACCAACCGAUUCCACAACCCACUACACCAGUCUCCUCGUUCACAUCAGGAUCCAUGUUGGGAAGAACAGACACAGCUCUGACCAACACAUACAGCUCUUUGCCCCCCAUGCCUAGUUUUACCAUGGCUAACAACCUACCUAUGCAACCCCCUGUAGCCAGCCAGACUUCCUCCUACUCAUGCAUGCUGCCCACCAGUCCAUCUGUGAAUGGGCGGAGCUAUGAUACAUACACACCUCCCCACAUGCAGACACACAUGAACAGCCAGCCAAUGGGCACAUCUGGCACCACCUCUACAGGUCUCAUUUCCCCUGGAGUGUCAGUCCCAGUACAAGUACCCGGCAGUGAACCUGACAUGUCUCAGUACUGGCCAAGACUACAGUAAAAAUCGUGUUAAUUUAACCAAUGACUUUAUGGAAAACAAUUGGAUGUUCAGCAGUAUUUUAUAAACAAGCCUGGACUGGAAACUUACUUCUGCACAGCAACUGUGCCCUGGUAUUCAUGGAAAGACUUCACCAUCGACUUUUGCACAUUGAAGUCAGUAUAUCAGUUGGAACAAAUCUUCAUUUUGAUAUCCAAACUUUUAUCCAUACGAUGUACUAUUUGUAAAUUGACAUUUGUAUGUUAAGACAAACAGAACAACAUGGACUGGAUGGAUCUUCUCUGCAUUGAUCAUGAUAACAGAUUUUUUUUUUAAUUACAUUUUUCUAAAUGGAAGCCAUGAUCAAGCCACGUAAAUUUAAGAGUUUUAUCAAGAUAUAUCGACGACUCCUACCAAUUUUGUUCUUACAUGGACCAAUGCUCCACGUUUGUAUCAAACCCUUUGCGUAGAGUACAAAAUGGAACUUUUGUCACCCCCCUCCAUCAUCCCCAAGUUUCCCUGUGGUAUCCCCAAAGGUUGACAUUAAUUUCCAAAAAAAAAAACCAAGAAAAAAGUCAAAAAGAAAAAGAGAGAGAGAGAGAGAGAGAGAGAAAGUCAGAGAGAGACGUUUGGUAGAUGAAAGGUAGAUUGUGUCAUCAGUAUAACCCAAUUUGUUUUAUGUCGAAAUGUACGUUUUCGUCUUCCCUAGAAAUCUCCCAGAAUGAUUUCUAUAAUAAAGUUAAUUUCAUUUAUAUUUGACAAGGAUAUUGUAUAGAUGUUUUAUACACAUUUCCACGCAUCAUACUUUUUUUUUUUUUUUUGGUCAACAAAUUGUUUAAAUUGUUCUUAGAUUGUACAAAAUGUUCACGGUCUGAUCAUUCUUGUGCAUAUAGACUAUUCCUUCUGCCAAUUAAAAGUGCUUGCGAGAGUUUUCAAGCUAAGUGUUUUCAAGUUUUCAAGACCACAUAUCAAACUUUACCAUUGUUGAUUGUACAAAAAAAAAAAAAAACCAUACCAAAGCCUUUGUAUCUCCCAUAUUAUAUUAUUUCAAUUUAAUCCUCUAACGUGGUGUUGCAAAUUUUGUUACCAGUAUGGUAUUAACUCAGUUUUGUUUUAAUUGUAAUUUAUUUUUUAAAUAAAUUAGGGCAACUGAAAGAGCUUCUCAAAUA